CUCCCGGAAGUGCCGCUGAAUAACGCCGGGGGCGUGUCUUUAGGUUUCUCCGCGUGUAGUUACCUGUGGAACGCGGGACCUUUGCGUCUGGCGCGGUUGUGUCCCUUGCAGAGGGAGUUUUACUUUGUUUGGCGGGAGACGAGAGAUUGUCUGCAGGUCCGGAACGUGAGGCCUUCUCGGUGUCUGGCGCGGCGCAAUGGAGGUGGUGGAGGCUGCCGCCGCUCAGCUGGAAACCCUGAAAUUCAGUGGCCCUGGCUCUGGGGUUGACCAUGGUGCAGAGGUGCGGUCUCCGGACUCAGUUCCCGCGCCGGGGUCGCAGCCGCCGCUGCAGUCGGAAGAGGGUUGCCCAGACCGUGAGCAGGCCGUGGAGGCUCAGCCUGCAGGGGAGCAAACACUACCGCCUUCCCCGAGCGCCGAGGCGGGGGGGAGCCCUGCGCCCCAGCCUGCGCCGGAACUGCCGCGCUGCGGGGCCUGCAUCACCGGCCCGGCCGCCACCCGGCUGGCGCAGACCCCGCACUCCUCGGAGACCUCGGACUCGGACUCAGACUCGGACUCUGACAGUGAAACAGAUUCAGAUAGUUCAAGCUCCUCUUCUUCCUCAUCGUCUUCUUCCUCAUCUUCCUCUUCCUCUCAUAUAUCACUUCCUCCAGUGUUGUCAGAUGGAGAUGAUGAUUUACAAGUUGAGAAAGAAAAUAAGAAUUUUCCUCUUAAAACAAAAGAUGAAUUACUUCUUAAUGAGCUGCCUUCUGUUGAAGAACUCACUAUUAUUCUGCCUGAAGAUAUUGAAUUAAAACCUCUUGGGAUGGUUUCAAGUAUAAUUGAACAAUUAGUAAUAAUUGAGUCUAUGAAUAACCUACCUCCAGUUAAUGAGGAGACUGUAAUUUUUAAAAGUGAUCGACAAGCAGCAGGAAAGAUAUUUGAAAUAUUUGGACCUGUUGCACAUCCGUUUUAUGUGUUACGGUUUAAUUCUUCAGAUCACAUUGAAAGUAAAGGUAUUAAAAUAAGGGAGACUAUGUAUUUUGCUCCAUCAAUGAAAGACUUCACCCAAUAUAUAUUCACAGAAAAACUAAAACAGGAUAGGGGAUCAGAUGCAUCAUGGAAGAAUGAUCAGGAACCACCACCAGAUGCCUUAGACUUCAGUGAUGAUGAAAAAGAAAAAGAAGCCAAACAGAGAAAAAAAUCUCAGAUUCAAGGCCGGAAAAAACUCAAAUCUGAAUUUAAUGAGCCAGGUGAAGAUUUUGCUGAAGUUCAUCAGAAUUGGAAUGCUUAUAGUCCUUCUUCAGAACAUUCAAAAGGAUAUCGCAACAGGGAAUUCACACGAGGAUUUUCUAGGGGUAGAUACCCUCGAUCUUGCCACAGCAGGCCUCCAGCUCAGCAGUUUUAUAAUUCAGAACAUAUGGUAUCUCAAGAAACUUUGGGAUUUCCACCUCAAAGACAAGAUAAUCCUAUUAUGCCACAAUACCCCUUUCCUCCGCCUGUGUUUGACAUGCAUAACUUUCCACUUCCUCCACCACCUCCAUCUAUAAACAUGGGUUGGGCUGCACCUAACAUGGCACCUCAUCCAAUGCUUAACUUACCAUACUCCUUGCCCCCGCCUCCCCCUCCUCCACCACUACCUCCUCCACCCACUCCUGGAGAUAGUAAUUCUUCUCAUUUUGGAUCUUACUAUUAGGUGCAUGUAUGCAUUUCCAGCGAAAUGUAAACUUCUCAUAUGCUAAGGAUUUUUUUUUAAGGAAAAGAAAGUGAUUAUGGAACUAGAUUUUUAAAAACACUGUAAAAAUACUAAAUGUUUCAGUUGUAAGUUGAUAUAUAUAUUUGUAACUUGUGAAAUUGUAUUCAUUUGAAAAUUUCAGCUUAAAUAUUUGGGGUGAAAUCCAAUUAUGUAAUAUUUAAUUAAAACUUUGAAUCAUGCUUUCCCCCACCUAAUAGACUAUAUAUAUAUAUAUAUAUAUAUAUAUAUAUAUAUAUAGUCUUCGAUAUGGAACAGAUUCCAUCAUGAAUUAAAAUAUACUGAACAUUCAGUUGCCUUUUUUGGUGUAAUCUGAAAAUAAGAUGUUGAAGUCCUAUUGAGAGUCUUUAAAAAUAAACUAUUUUUAUAAACUUAUACUUUUGGAAUUGAUUUUGAUUUUAAAUGCAGUUUAGCAGUAAUUGUUUACAUAAAUAAUUUUUUAAAAGCAAUUGAGUAUAUAGAGGAGGAAAAUCAUCCUGGCAGAAGCUCUGACUAUAACUAAAGUUAAUAUUUAUUAAUUAUGUAUAGGUAAGCUUUCAUUAUACAUGCAGAUUUCUAUUUAGAAGCAUUUACUAUUUAACCACUUUCACAUUAAGACGUAUUUAGGAAUUAUGUCUUCCAUGUUUUCCCAGAUUUUCACAUACCUGGCACAGAUUAGGUGCUUGAUAAAUAUUUAUUGAAUGACUGAAGGAGUUGAGAGUUUUUAAUUAAAUAAGUGUGGCUGUUACUUUACAUCAAGUGUAUAUGUAUGGGAAAUGAUGGAAUUUUAGAGCUAAAUUAGUCUAAACUAUUUCUCAUUUAAUAAAUGAGCUUUACUAAGGGUUUCAAAAGGCUCAGUAAUUUAAGGUCAUUUAGCUACUGAGAUAGCAAGAAGUUGAACCUAGGUUUUUUCCCUCAGGCUAGCACUUUCAUUAAAUUGAUACUUCACAGUAUUUUCAUUCCUUAACAUACUUAGAAAAUAUGUGUAUAUAUUUGUGUGGCACAUGGGAGUGAUCUGAAAGCCACUUAUCCCACCUCUCACUCUGCAGGAUUUUUUAGUACACAAGUUGAGAAGUGCCACCUUGGUAUACUUGGACUUGAUCCUAUUUGUAUUUUCCUCAUUUUUCCUUCUUAAAAUGUUUUUGCAGCUUCUCUUUAGAAGUUCGCUUUUUAAUUUAUGACCUUGCCUUUUUCUGGUUGGUAGAUAAUGUCUGGUUAUAGAAAUAAAUGAGAUUAACCCAUGUUUUCAUUUAGUUUGGUACCUUUAGCCACUUAGGCCCAAUAUGCCUUUCUUCCUGUAGUUGAUUCAGGGCUUUUGCAACUUUGAGGUGCCUAGAAAUACCUGAAUAGUUUGUUAAAGAUAACAUUCUUAUACUUUAUCUCCUGAAUUUGUUGUUAGUCUGCAAAUAUUUCAGGAUAAAUUAAAUUUCUUCAACUUCGUGCCCAUUCAUUCUGGAACUUCAUUGAGUUCUGUUUGGCUAGUAGUAGAGAUGUGGGGUUUAUGGCAGCAAAAAAAAAAAAGAAGUUAAACCACAGUGGGUGGGGGGAUUUGUAUCCUUGGUCCUCUUUUGUCAACUACAUUUGUCUUUGGAGUUUAAAAAGAGGAAUCCAACUACUAUGAUUUUAUUGUUUUCCUCCCAAAAUGCAUGUGUUUAAGCUUAAUGCCCAUCGUAGCAGUGUUAAGAGAUGAGACCUUUGGGGAUGCGAUUGUAUCAUGAAGGCUUCAUUCAUUAGUGGAAUAGUGCCUUACAAAAGGCUGGAGGAUUGAGGGCUGCCUUAGUUCUCUUGUGCUCUUCCAUUUCUCCCACUGUGUGAGGACCCCAUGUUCUUCCCUGGCAAGGAUGGGGCAACGAGACACCACCUUGGAAGCAGAGCAGGCCUCACCAGACACCAAAGAGGCUGAUAUCUUCAUGUUGGCCUCCCUGCCUCCAGAACUGAAAACUGAAUUUCUAUUGCUUAUAAACUACCCAGAGUUUGGAUUUUGUUAGAGCAGCAUGAAGACUCCAAUUGUAAAAUGGCUGCCUAAGCUAAUUUUUUUUUUUUUUAAUUAAGAAGAAUAACUAUUUCUUCCCUUCCUUUCUUUUCUAGAAAAGAUGGGCCCAUAGUAACUUACUAGAAAUAGUAAGGGAGUUUUAGAACUUAGCCACAGGACAUAUCUUACUUCAUUCUGUGCUGCUGUAACCGAAUACCCCAGAUUGGGUAAUUUACAAUGAGCUGGAGUGUAUUGGCUCACAUUUACAGAGCCUGGGAAACAUAUCAAGGUGCUCACAACUAGCCAGGGUUUUACUGCUACAUAAGCAUGUGGCAGAAACAAGCUGAUCUAUAACAUCAUCAAUCUUAUUCAGAAAGUGGAGCACACCCUCUUAGGCUAAGAACUCUUAAAAGUCCCACCUCUUAACAUUCCCAUAAUGGCAAUUUCAAUGUGAGCUUUGGAGGGGACAAACAUGUAAACCACAACAGUACAUUUUAUAAAAGCAAUAUUUUGUGUGGUUGUGUCAAAUUGCCAUGUGUCUGUGUAGUGAUAACCAUAAGUUAUCAAUACUAAAGGGACAUGGGAGUGAGGUGAAUCAUAAGCCCCAGCAGGUUGUCUGUAUGGAAGUCUUGUUUGGGGGCAAUGAGGAGUAUAGCUCGUUUUCUCAUUCUCUCACUUUUCCCAUCCACGUUGUGAUUUUUACCCUCUACACACACACCUACUUCUUCCUGUCCUACUUUCUGUAGCUUGGUUAGAGCUGGUGAAGACAUAUAUUUUAAAAAACUAAUGUCAUUUUGGUGAGCAAGAAAUGAGUAGAAUUCUGAGUUCCAAUUCACUGGAAUUUUAAGGUAUGUAAUAAUUAUAAAGAGGUGAUAUUAAAAUCUUCAGGCACUAAAAAUGUUAGCAUGUUUAAGGAGGAUUUCUUAAAAUGGCAAUGAUACUGUUGAGGGAGCAUCUCAGACAUAAUGUCAUUUUUAUUUAUUUCCUUUCAAUAAUAAUGGCUGGAAUUUCUAUUUGAUUUUAUCAAUUUAUAAAUUUAAGACAAAUUUUAAGACUAAUUUUAAUGUCUUUAGUUCUUUUACACAAUUUCCCUUUAUUGGCUUCUGUUACAGAAAUGGCAGUCCCUCUCAACUGGAUGCUUCAAGUCAGGGAAUAUGAGCAAAAGAGAAAAAAAUCCUUAAAAAGCAUGUCUACUUUUCACUCUUUCCUAAUCUGUUAAUCUAAUGCACCUAAGGAAGGCUUGAGAAGAUUGUUUACUUAGGACACUAUCCUUAUGUACUCAGGGUUUUUAGAAUUUUUCAAAAAUCUGUAGUCAUAUGCUUCCAUAAGUAUAGGGAAAGUAAGUUCAUAUAGUAUUACAGACUUUAAAUAAGAGGCAAAAAGAUAAAUUAAUAUUUUAUAGAAUUAUUUAUGUGUUCAUACAAUGUGUUUAUAAAAGAUUUAUUUUGACAUUGCAUAUUUGUCAGUGUUGAUAAGCUGUGAGGUCUAAAUAUGAAAAAUAAUUUGGUAGAAUGCAAGCUGGGAAAUUUAAAAGUAGUUAUUUGUGAGAAUUCUUGUCAGAUAAUGCUGCGUUAUUCAUAAUUUUACAUAUUCAGUGUAAAAAAAAAACCUACACAUUUGUGUUCUUCAGAUAAAUUGCAAAUAUUCUACUGUCUGUUUUCACUCUUCACCUAGUCUGAUCUGGAAUGUAUAUGGAUGCAAAUUAGGAUAUGAAAAAUACAUCAUGAAUGUCAAAAAUAUCUUAUGGAUAUGGAUUAUAUGAAUUAUGUUCUAGAAAAAAACAAAACAUUUUCUGUACUGUAGUUGAAAUUAAAGUUGAAAACAUUUUCAUAAUGUUAUCUAUUGGACCAAAGUACUUGUUUUGAGCUACUACCAGCAACGACAUCUUAUUUUUGAUCUUGUGCACUAGGUACCUAAAUUGUUAUUACUGGGUUAGACAUGUACAAUUACUUAGUAUCCUGGAAAUGAGGUAUAAAUUUGUUUAUCAAAUGGUAAAACACUUAAUAAAAAUCGACAAUGAAGAAAAAUGUUGAAUGCUCUGGAUAUUCUGCGAAAUUAUAUGUAUACCAUUAUAUGUAUGAUAUCUAUCUGUAUGUACACACAUUUGAAGUCUAGUAUAAAAAAGCCUGGUUGUUGUGCAUAUUUUACUUGUUGACUACAUUUCAUUUCUGCUUAUAUUAGAUUGAUGAAAUGGGAAUAAACUUUGCAUUAUAGUA